AUCAUUAUGUGUGAUACAGUUAUCAUUUCUAUUUACGUCACCGACGCUGUUAAUGUUAGCUACAUACAAUUGCCCACGUUUUUAUUCGAUUGUAAUUAACUAAGUACCUAUAUUCUCGUUGCUCUAAUAAGCAUUUUCAAGUACGAUUUGCAUUGCUUGUGUACACUUUAUCAACAAUUCGCACCAACACGAAAUUAUGCAGUAUUUCAAGAUAUGAUGCAAGAUAAAUUCGGCUCACACGCGAUGCUCUCAGCAGUCUGGAAAAAAUGAGAGAAAUUGGAGGAAAAAUCCAAAUCUUUAUUCGAAGAUCAGUGCAGUAAACGACAACAUACAGGGCAACUCAAAUUAAGUACUUCUGAGCUGAAACGGAAAUGCAGUUUUUCUGCAAGACAACCACCUCUUGUUUCAUCUUCGUGAUGUAUUUGAUAUUGGAAAGGAUUGAAUCGUUGCCUGAUGAUGGUCAAGGAAUGUCGAGUUCGAAUAAUGGCAAUUGCAGCGCGAACACCUUUUGCGUUCCUUGUAUGAAGUCCAAUUUAGGCUGCAAGUGGUGCGUGAAAACGAGAACAUGUUACAUAAAUGGUUGUCUAAACGGCCCUGUUGUCAAAGGGGGAGAGGACAUCAGCAUACUCAAAUGUCGUUCAUAUGAAACUUGCGAUAAAUUCAAUACUUUCCACGAAUGUCUCGAGUCAUCCCAAUUCAACGACUGUGGUUGGUGCAUCUCUAAGAAUAAUUGUACUUAUAAGACAGAUUGUUCCAGCUCUGGUGAUUCGCCAUGGAUAAUCAAUAAUGAUAUUGUAAAAAAUUUAUUGUUCGAGACUGUUAAUGCCACACAUCUGAAAUAUGGUGAAUCAGAAAAUAUCCUAUUGCACUCAACUACAAAGUAUUCCAAGCAAUCCUUAAUUCAAGCUGCCUUCAAGUGUCAGCUUACCUCCGAAAACUCAAAACUCAACUUUCCUAUGGACGCGACCAUUGUACAGAAACAGAAUGAUGCAAUGGUGAGCUGUUUGCUACCCAAAUCAAAUGAUAUACUUUUGCUCCCACCCGAAAACUAUACCGCUACAGCAAACAUAUCGCUCUAUACAAAAGCAAACCAGGCAUCACCUAUUUGGAGCACAAAUGUUACAUUUUCAGAUUGUCGCGCUUAUUCGGCCAAAAGAAAAUGCAUGCAAGGCUCUCAAUGCCACUGGUGCAAAGAUGAAGAGAAAUGCAUAUACAGAAGUGGUAGGAAAACAGUGUGUCCAAAUUCGCCAUCUUCUUGGAUUGAUUCAUUCUGGCCUGAAAAAGGUCCGCUGCGAGGUGUCACAAAUAUAACCAUUCAAGGUGAAAAUUUCGAAAUUAAAUUUGAAAACUACCAAAAAGCUAUAAAUGUAGCUGGCGUACCUUGCAAAUCUAUAAAAUAUGAGGAUAUUUCCUCAAAAAAGAUAGAAUGUACAAUCGAACCAUCAUCUUUUCAAGUUUCUGAAGGCAAAAUUCAGGUACACGUGGAUGAUAAAGAUACGAGUAUCUGGUCUGACAAAAAUUUCAUGUUUGUUGAACCAAAUAUCACUGACAUGGAUCCCAAAGAAGGAUUCAUUUAUGGUGGUACUGAAUUGACAAUCAAAGGAGAACAUUUAGACGCAGGAAGCUCGAUCAUUGUAUCCAUUGGCAGUCAACUUUGUACAAUAUUCUUCUACAAUUCAAGUAUAAUACAAUGUAUUUCUAGUAAAUCCAAUACCAUUGCAGAAGAUACGGUGAGUGUAGUAUUUGAUAAAUAUGCUCCAAACUUCACCAACAACUCAUACAAGUACAUCAAAGACGAGGAACACGAUGAAAAUGGUUUCAAUGUUCAACCAAAAGGUAUUCCUCAGGGUGGCAUUCAAAUUCUGCUACGAAAUGUCACCUCAGAACAAAGUAAUGAAUUUACAUUCAAUGUGAAAUACCAAAGCAACAUACAUAAUGGCUCGUGCAAGUCUCAAGAUGAUUCUACAGUAAUGUGUUCUUCCCCUCUGAUGCCAAUAAAUAGUAAUUCAAUUAAUGUGGCAAACCCUAUGAAAUUUGACUUCUGGUUAACAGACCCAUCAGCGCCAGAACGAAAUAUUUCCAUUUCUGAAAAUCAAUCAUCGACUUUUCUCUUGUAUCCCAAUCCGAGGUUUGAUCAUUUUUUCAUCUCUUCUGUCCCUUUAAACAAAAAAGAAUAUGUUAUCAUCGAAGGAAAGAACAUCAACAAAGCUUGCCAAAAAUUAGAUUUGAUUGCGACGAUGGGAAAUGCAACUUGUGAAGUAAUUUCACUAUCAUCAAGUCGAGUAAUUUGUAUUCUACCAAAAUCUAAUUUAUCUGAUUGCACUGAGAAAAAAUGUGAUGUUAUUGGAGGGAAUGAAAAUAUCAUGAUAAAAAUUGGAAACAAUUUUACAGCGUCUGUUCCCAAACAAAACUCAUCUUCAGAAGAAAAUAUAAAAAAUCCGACAUCAUGGGAUAAGAUUAUUUAUGCUGCUAUUGGCACCACAGUAAUUGGUACAAUAUUCCUAAUACUUAUCAUCGUCUGCCUUUGCGUUAAUCGUAAGAAAUCAAACACCAAGAUGAAGCAAAAUUUAAUGAAAAAACAACAACAGGUAGACCAACUCGAAUUACGUGUGGCUGCCGAAUGCAAAGAAGCCUUUGCCGAACUCCAAACACUAACAACAGCCCUCACAUCCGAUCUCACAUACGAUAGCGCGCUAUUUUUGGACUAUCGAAGCUACGUGAUGAAAAUUCUCUUCUCAACGAUCAGUAGUUACCCUGUUAUCCUCGGAGAAAAUCCAAUACUAAUCAACAAAGCAAAAGGGCUGAAACUGUUUGAAGAACUAGUAAUGGAUAGACGAUUUUUACUAAUGUUUGUGAAAACAUUAGAAAGCCAGAAUAGCUUCUCGAUGAAUGAUCGAGUCUAUGUAGCCUCAAUGUUGAUGAUGACAUUGCAAAAAGAUAUGCAAUUUGCCACAAACAUCCUAAAAACACUCAUGUCCGAAUUAAUCGAUAGCUACAUUCGAGACAAUAAACAGCCCAAGUUGCUUUUUAGGUCAACUGAAAACGUAGUUGAAAAAAUGAUUUCAGCCUGGUUAUCUUUUCUGUUACAUAGAUUCUUGAAGAAAUCAGCUGGCAAACCAUUACUCAGUUUGUUCAAUGCUAUAGACCAGCAAGUCAAGAACGGUCCAGUAGAUAUGAUAACAUCAGAAGCUAGGUAUGGUUUGAGUGAAAACAAAAUCAUGAGACAGAAAAUUGACUUCACUUCCUUAACUGUGCUUGUGAAUGUUUCAAAAUCAACUGCUUCGAUUAUCAACUUGCCGAAGGCUGUUGAGAAGUUACCUGUAAAAGUGCUGGAUUGCGAUACUAUUACUCAAGUUAAAGAGAAAAUCAUCGGUGCUAUUUUCUACUCAGUUCGCUACAGCAAACGACCAAAUUUGCAGGAAAUCAGCAUCGAAUGGAUAGCUGGGCCUACCAAAUGGAUUUAUUUAUCCGAUCAAGAUUCUAGUUCGAAAAUUGAGGGGGAAUGGAGACAACUGAACACUUUGAAACAUUACGGUGUUUUCGAUAAAAGCAUAUUGUAUUUGACAUCCAUUCAUCAAGAAAAAGAUAACGUAAUCCAAACGACAACAUCAGAUUCCAACUCAAAAAAUUCCUACAAAAGAGAAAGAUACACACCAUUGUCGCAAUUCGACACUAUUAAAAGAAAAUCAGCUGUAAUCGACUCUGUAUCUGCUUCGAUAAAAAAUCACAACGGUGGUUGCAGAGAAUGGCAUUUAGUCAAACCUCGUGAUAGAAAAGAUAGCGUAGACAAUGAUCGAGAUAAUCACGUCAUACCUGAAAUUUACUUUACAAGGUUAUUAGCAAUGAAAGGAGGUUUGCAAAAAUACGUCGACGAUUUAUUUGAGACCAUAUUUAGCAAAACACACCAGCAUGAUUGUUUCCCUUUAGCUGUCAAAUGCAUGUUUGAUUUCCUAGAUGGGCAAGCUCUACAGCACGGUAUUACUGAUCCUGAAGUUGUACAUGUUUGGAAAAACAACUGCCUACCUUUACGAUUCUGGGUGAAUCUAAUUAAAAAUCCCGAGUUCUUGUUCGAUGUACAUAAAUCAAGCGUAGUUGAUUCGUGCCUCAGUGUAAUUGCUCAGAUCUUAAUGGAUUCGUGCUCAACAACGGAACAAUGUUUGAAUAAAAACUCAUCUACCUCGAAACUUCUGUAUGCUAAAGAAAUACCUGUAUAUAAGAAAUUAGUCGGAAAGUAUUAUGCGGAUAUUCGGAAUAUGUCGGCAACAUCGCAACGAGAAAUGAAUAUAAUGUUAGCGGAAGAAUCGCGAAUACAUGCUGCAGAUUUUGAUAAAAAUUCUCCUCUGUAUGAAUUAUGCAAAUAUGCGUUAAAAUACAGGACAGAAUUGACUGUCGCUUUGGAUGGAGAUGCAACGUCGCAGUCAUAUUCGUUACCUUUCAAGUUCCAUAGAUUGAUUAACAUCAUGUCAGCCGAACCGGAUUUAGGGUUUUUGCGCCCCAUUCGACGUGAAAGUUUUUCAAGUUCUUAAAAAAAUUUCCUAUAUUAUGUUUUAGCUUCUUUUUUUUAAUAAUUACUUACUUACAUGUUUCUGUGAUUUAUUAUGUCAUUGUCAUUUUUUAAUAAAAAUUUUAAUGUAAUGACACUUA